CCACUGCUCCUCUGUCUGUAAAUGAGGACAGAUUUAGACCACAAUUUUCAAAAGCGAGAGUACUGUCUUUAUUUCCUGCCCGGUUAGAGCUUGCAACCAAUGUCACUUUUCAGCGAUCAGUUAACAAGUGGGAACUCCGAGUAACGCGAGUAAAACUUACACAGAGCCGCUGGAUGCACUUACAAAAAAGCCUAAACGAUUGGGUGAAGUUUUUAGCAACUGACAGGCUUUUGCGCUUUCCGGAUUGAAGGAUGGCGGAGAAAAGGAGAUCGCCGUGCACAAUGAGUUUAAAGGCUCAUGCGUUCUCGGUCGAAGCCCUUAUUGGGGCGGAAAAGAAGAGAAAGUUAGAAGGGGACAGCCAAGAUUGUUUCGAGGAGGUGAAUGAAGUUUCGAAUCCAAAUGAAAGCCCGCAGCACAGAGCCGACCGGACUAGCGCCAGCGAACGCGGGAGUGAAAACGAAUGCACAAGUGACGGAUCUCAUGAGUGCGAGGACCAGCUGCCGGAGAGUCCACGACCCUCUUCCUUGUCCGCAGCUUCUCUGAUUCCGUCUCAGCGAGACUCGGGAGCCACAGAGGAGAUCCGUGUGGAUCUUCAAGGAUCAGAUUUGUGGAAGCGAUUUCAUGAGAUCGGCACAGAAAUGAUCAUUACUAAAGCCGGAAGGCGGAUGUUUCCUGCAAUGCGCGUAAAGAUAACUGGGUUGGACCCUCAUCAGCAAUAUUACAUCGCUAUGGACAUCAUUCCCGUGGACAACAAACGCUACAGGUACGUUUAUCACAGCUCCAAGUGGAUGGUAGCAGGAAAUGCUGAUUCGCCUGUACCACCAAGGGUGUACAUUCAUCCUGACUCCCCGGCAUCAGGAGAGACGUGGAUGCGACAGGUCAUCAGUUUUGACAAGCUGAAACUCACCAAUAACGAACUGGAUGAUCAGGGACAUAUCAUCCUCCAUUCAAUGCACAAGUAUCAGCCCAGGGUGCAUAUUAUUCGCAAAGAGUGUGGUGAGGAUCUUUCGCCAGUGAAAUCUGUCCCAGUUGGAGAAGGAGUUAAGGCCUUUUCCUUCCCUGAAACUGUUUUUACUACUGUUACAGCAUACCAGAAUCAACAGAUCACGCGACUAAAAAUUGAUAGAAACCCCUUUGCGAAAGGAUUCCGAGACUCUGGUCGAAACAGAAUGGGCUUGGAAGCUUUAGUGGAGUCCUAUGCAUUCUGGAGACCUUCCCUGAGAACUCUGACAUUUGAAGAUAUCCCUGGAAUUGCUAAACCAGGAAGCCCGGGAUCGCCCGCAAUUCUACAGACUGCUGGAAACGCUGUAUCCUCCACACACACACACCUCCUGUCCUCCUCUCCCUGCUCGUCCCCAGCCUUCCACCUGGGAGCCAACAGCAGCCAGCUCUGCAGCCUCGGCCCUGCUGAGUACACAGCGUGCAGUCGCUCAGGACUGGCACUGAACCGCUACGGCAACACUCUAGCCGAGACCUACAGCCGGCUAGCCAACCCCGCCAGUGACACCUUCACAGCUCCUCGGACUCCCUCUUAUGCCGGAGUGAGUGGAGCCAGCGUGUCCAUGCCCGGGAGCGAUGGAGAUGCCUUCAGCUGCCCACAGACUGGUCUGCCCUUACAGAUACCAGGCAUGCCAUCGCCACAGCUCCAGUACAUAAUGCCAAGCCCACCCGGAAACGCCUUUUCAGCCAACCAGGGACAUCAUGGAACAUACAACAGCUUCAGGCUUCACAGCCCCUAUGGGUUAUAUGGAUAUAACUUCUCCACGUCCCCAAGACUGGCGGCCAGCCCUGAAAAGAUUGCCUCCUCGCAGGGCAGUUUUCUGGGUUCUUCUCCCAGUGGUACAAUGACUGACAGGCAGAUGUUGUCCCCAAUGGAGGGAGUGCACAUACUCGGCAGUGGACAGCAGAAUCUUUUUGAUUCCAGGACCCUGGGAAGCCUAACAAGCACGUCCUCUCAAAUUCCUGCGCACAUGGUCUGAACACAGCUCUGUGACAUUCACGUUGAACACGUUGUGGCAAUUCAUGACAAAACAAUUGCCUUGCUGUAUGUACAUGUUUUGUUCUAGUAUUUGCUUUGAAGUAGCAGAAAAAGGACAAACAGAUCAGCCAUUUAAAAUGAGGAAUAGCUUUGGUCAGAACUUUAUCGAUGACAUUUUCAAUAUGAACGGAUGUUUAAUCCUGGUCUUGGAGGGCAAGUGUGUCUGCGGGUUUUUAUUCCAAGUCAACUCUUGUCCACAUCGAUCUAGCUGAUUACUGGCUUCAUUGGACCAAUUAAAACAUUUCUCCCAGCAUUUCUAGUGCUGAUGCUUUAAAGACACAUAGAAAACCAGAGACAAACUGGCCCUCCAGGACCAAUAUUGGACACAUCUGUGCUAAAAUGACCUCCCAGGAGGGUCUGUUAAGAGAAGAUCAGUACAUGAAGAGCAGUGCUAUUUCUGGUGUAAACGUGACUUCAAGAAUAGCUGUAAAUCCAUUUCAAAAAGGUUAAAAACAUGUUUUCAAUUUUAAUUUUUAGAAAGAUUUCUUAACAAGAACAAACAAGGAAAAGAAGGCUAAAAGCUAUUAUUGCAGCACUAUAGGUUUCCUUUUCUGUAUUGGUGGGGAACAAUGUAAAAGUGAAGCUUAUGCUAGAAAUCACGUAUAAUUUCAAAAUGCAUUGCUUCCUUUAUUUUCGAGGUGAAAAGAUAAGAUAAAUAGCUUUGUUUUCCACACCGAAUUUGAAACACCCCUUAUGAAAGAACGCAGUAGUCAGUGUAGCCCUGAUUAAAUACAGGACAAAAAUGUUUUUUUUUUUUAAAUAGCAAUGGCACUUGAGUUAAACAAAAUCUUUCAUUUGUAUAUAGAGGAGUUAUGAGUUCAUAAAUAUGUUGUUUGAAUAUACAAAAUAAUGAGCGUCUCACUGUAUGUAUACUUUAUGCCCUUUAGGAGGUAAGGUAAUCUCAAUAUGUAUUUAUAAAGAGAUCAUAAAAUUACAACCAGUCCCCUCCCCUUCUCCACGAAGGAGUACAGGAAGUACUGGCAAGCUGUCCCCCAGCUGUUGUGUUAAAAGUUGCUGAAACAAGAUCUCUCUGAAGGCGGUGCAGUAAUUCAUGUAAAUUAUAGGUGACUUACAGUCAAAAUUUAAAAUCAAGUCAAUUCAUUUCUGUUUUUAAUCUUAGUGACAGAAAGGAGCUGCAGUCAGUGAGGUGCAUAGUCAAGCUGUGAUACGUUCCCAAAGUAAAAGUUCAGCACAUGCGGACAGACAUACUGUACAGAAUGCAAUUACUUUUUCCCCUAAGGAAGUGACAUUUUUACAGCCUUCACAAGAACAUGAACAUAUACUGUAGCAUUGUUCUAACAGAAACGUGGAGUAAUUACUUUCUAUUUCUAACCUUAAUAGUAAUAAUUAUUGCCGUUGAUUGUAGCAUUUAUAACCACA